AUUGCUGGUGAUAACGGAACUCAUGUCUGAGAACGCUGAGCUCGUUUCGGUGCCCGCUCCCUCCGACCGAGCUCCAACCAGUAGCUGUCCACUGCAGUUACAUUCGACUCCAUUUGGAGGUGAUGGGAGUUGAGGGAGGUACUGGGGCUGAGAUCACUUCAUACUCUGCUCAGGCGAUCGUUGUAUCCAAGUGAGGUGAAACAUGAAGCAAGUUGUGCCUGGGGAUUUCGUGUAUUUGCCACUCCUCUCACACCCAAUAACGUUUGUGAGCCGGGACGAGCAGAAUGUGUUCCAGAUCGAGCUCGUGGGAUCUAAGGUGGUGCGUGUUCUCUUUCGUCCUGCGAAUUGCAAGGAUCCAAGGUGGGAGCAGUGGGACUCGCCCGUCGCCUUCGAGGUGAAGCAUGACGAGCAGCGUCAGGUGGUGCUCGUUGCAGCUGCCGAGUUCCAUGUGCGCAUCAGCCAUGGGGCCGGAGGAAUCAGCUUGACUUGGACAGACGCCUCGAGCUCCACUGUUCUCGCAGAGGAUUUGCAGAGCAGGGCCUACGUCUACGAUGGGCACAGCGCUGGUGUGUACCAUUACAUGCGCAGGAAGGCAGACGAGGUUUAUUGUGGCCUCGGUGAGCGAACAGGCCAGCUCAAUCUGCACGGAAGGCGGUUCAGGUUGGAGGGCUUCGACGCCAUGGGCUACGACGCAGAGACCACCGAUCCCCUGUACAAACACUGCCCCUUCUACAUCACUUUGUCGAAGAAGUCCCGCAUCGCCUACGGCCUCUUCUACCAGAACAUGUCCAGGACUGUGCUGGACCUCGGGGCAGAAAUUGACGCUCUGAGAGGACCAUACCGGUACUACCAUGCUGAAUCUGGGCCUUUGGACUACUACAUGUGCUUAGGCCCGUCGGUGCAAACUGUGUUCGACGGUUUCGCAUUUCUCAUGGGCCGCCAGCGCAGCUUACCCCCUCGCUUCUCUCUGGGCUAUCUGGCCUCGUCCAUGGGCUAUGCAGAGGCGGACAAUGCACACGAAAGGCUUGCUUCGUUUCCUUCCGUGUGCCGAUCCAAUGGCAUUCCUUGUGAUGGACUGCAUCUGUCGUCUGGCUACACUGUGAGCCCUGCAUCCGGCGAAAGGUGUGUUUUCACAUGGAAUCGUAAGCGGUUUCCCGACCCGAAAUCUCUGGUGCACCACCUCAGAGCUCAUGGAAUUCAUGUCUUCGCCAACGUGAAGCCAUGGCUGCUGAAAUCUCACCCUCAGUACGGGGACUUGGAAGCCAGGAAGGGCUUCGUAUGGAGUGCAGAAACCGACUCACCGGCCAUAGUCAUGCAAUGGAGUGCUGGAGCUGCAACUUGUGCACCAGCUUCGUAUAUCGACUUCACCAGCACUGCUGGCUACAACUUCUGGAAGCAGUCUUUGAAAGAUCAGCUGCUGGAGUUAGGAGUGGAAGGUUGUUGGAACGACAACAACGAGUUCACCGUGACCGAUGACUCCAACACUUUUGCGAUGGAGGUUCUUCCAGAGGUGGAAGGUGGCAGGUGCGGGAGGUCCAAGCCUGCCAUACAGGUGGCAGGUCCGAUGCAGACUCUGCUCAUGGCGCAGUGCUCGUAUGAGGCUAUGAAAGAGUGGAAUCCACAGGCCAGGCCGUUUGUGAUAACUCGCUCGGCAACACCACGGAUUCACCAGUUCUGUGCACAGACUUGGUCUGGUGAUAAUUUCACAGACUGGAAGACGCUCAAAUUCAACAUCCCCAUGGGGCUCUCAGCUGGAAUUUCAGCGUUUCCCGGAGGAUAUGGGCACGAUGUUGGAGGCUUUGCAGGGCCAAAGCCGUCCCCGGAGCUGCUGCAGCGCUGGGUGCAGGCAGGAAUUCUCAACCCACGGUUCUGCAUCCACUCCUGGAACGACGAUGAGUCCGUGACAGAGCCUUGGAUGUACGAGUCCGCCAUAGCCGGCAUCAGGAGAUGCAUGCAGUUCCGCAUGCGCCUCAUUCCCUUCCUCUAUGGGCUCAUGGUUGAUUUUCAUCGCACAGCUCGCCCUCUCAUGCGCCCACUCUUCUGGCUCUUCCAGUUUGACGCCCAAACCUUUGAACGAGGAUUCGAGUACAUGCUCGGGGAAACCAUGUUGGUUGCCCCAGUCUUCGAAGAAGGAGCCUGCACCAGAACAUUUUACAUGCCCUUGCUCUCGCAAACAUCCUCAGCAACUGAAACCUCAAGCAUUCCUUCUGGAUGGUUCGACUUUCAGUCUGGCGAGUUCUAUCCUGCUGGAAGGGAGGUGACAGUGCAGUGUCCCCUCGAUGCAGUCCUCCCACCAGUCGUCAUCGUUCAAGGAGGUAUGGUCCCCUUGGGACGAUUCAUGCAUCAUGUGGGCGAAGUUCCUGAUGACGAAAGGCUUGUGCUCCUCUUCCCACCUCUAGUCUCCAGCAGCAGCAGCAGAAGCGAAGUGACCUUGUUUGAUGAUGAUGGUUUCAGUAUGAGAUACCAGGAGGAGGAUGAGUAUUCAGAGAUUGCAGUGUGGAUGGAGACGACUUCUGGCAGCCGGGAUGUCAAGGUUGGGCUGGAUGUAAUCCAUGCAGGGUACAGAGUAGCCUACAGCAAGGUUUGGGUAGUGGUGGCAACGCAGGAAUCGAAGCAGAGGAGGCUUGUCGUGAAUGGAGUCCCAAGCCCAGAGAGUAAGGUCGAUGCAGAAGACCGCACCAUGGUGGCCAUUCCACUCCAAGUGCCACAGAAUGUGAAUCCUUGAAGAGAAAACGCCCAAUCUACGGGCACCUUACCAUCAAUGAAAGUGCCAGCUGAUGCAGGAAAGGCCUGCACCUAGAUACAGCACGGGCCAACUCAACUC